UUUUCUCUUCAGGUCUACAUGAGGACAUUGCUGUUCUUGGCUGUUCAGACUCUGAUGGAGAGGACAUGUACGCUCUGGAUGGUGAAGUGAUUUGGUUCGCUGACUUCAAACACAAGACAGGAGUCGAACCUCAGCCCAGUUUCAUGGAUCAUACUAGUUAUGUAGAAGGAACUUAUGAACAAGCUGUGGCUAAUGUAGAGAUCUGCAAACAGAACCUGAAAAAUCAUGUUAAACCCUUCAAGGACUUCCCACUGGAACGAGAUCCUCCUUCCAGUCCGGUGAUCUACACCAGAGACAACGCAGAACUGGGAGAGAAGAACACCCUCAUCUGUCAUGUGACUGGUUUCUUUCCUGCUCCUGUGAUGUUCUCCUGGACCAAGAACCAGCAGAACGUCACUGAAGGAAGCAGAACCAACGUUCCCUUCAUCAACAAAGACGGAACCUACAACCAGUUCUCCUCACUGGAGUUCAUCCCACAGCUGGGAGACAUCUACGGCUGUACGGUGAAACAUCUGGCCCUGGACCAGCCGCUGACCAGGUUCUGGGAUGUGGAGGUGACUCCGCCCAGCGUUGGACCUGCUGUGUUCUGUGGAGUCGGUCUCACUGUCGGCCUCCUCGGCGUUGCUGCUGGAACCUUCUUCCUCAUCAAAGGAAACGAGUGCAGCUGAUUGGUUGAUGAUCCUGUGAUCCUGAUGACUCAUCAUGUUGUUCUCUCUUCCUCAUAACUCUGAUUCUUCUUCUUCUUGUUCUUAUGAUUGAAUGAAUCUGUCUUUAAAUCAGCGCGCUCUUAUUUUGAAAUAAAGGUCACAUGUGUAGAGUUGAUCAGCUAGCUCUCCUCUGAUUGGCCGAUCACAGUUAUGACUUCUGUAUCUUUAUAAUAAUCACAAACGGCUUCUUUCAUAAAGUUGAGCUCAGUCGUUGUUUCAAAGCAGCCAAUCAGAUCUUCAUGAAGCAGUGAUGUCAUCUCUGGUGGAGUUAAACCUUUUCAUUUCCUGUGAGAAAUAAAGUGAGAAAACCCUGAAA